CCCCCUUCUCACACAAAUCACAGCCAAAAACGAAAUUCCAUCAACAUGCCGCCAAAAGAGACCAUGAGGGCUUGGCAGUUUGCCACGCCGGGCCCUUUCGAAAAGAACCUCAAGCUCGUCGACGACCUCCCCCGCAUCCCCAUCGGUCUCGAGGCCGAACAGCUCUUCAUUCAGGUUCUUAGCGCCGGUAUUAACCCUGCCGACUACAAGGUUCCAGAGCUCGGCGUAUUCGCCCACGCCAUGAUCCAACUGCCCAAGACGGCCGGCAUGGACUUCUGCGGCCGUGUCGUCGCCACCGGCAAGGCCAUCGGCGAUAUCAGGCCGGCCGACCUCGUGCUUGGCCGCCUGGAGCCCUCGGGCUCCGAGGGCUCGCUCGCCGAGUACAUCGUCGCCGAGUACGACGACGUCGCCCGCGUGCAGCCCAGUGUCGACAUCGACGUGGCCGCCGGCGCCCCAACCGCCGCCCUGACCGCCUACCAGACCAUCUGCCCGUACGUGAAGAAGGGCGACAAGAUCUUCAUCAACGGCGGCUCGGGCGGCACAGGCACCUUCGGCAUCCAGAUCGCCAAGGCCAUGGGCUGCUACGUCACCGUGUCCUGCUCCGCCGACAAGGAGGCCCUCUGCAAGGAGCUCGGCGCCGACGAGACCAUCGACUACACCUCGUGCAACGUGACCAAGGUCCUCAAGGAGCGCGGUCAGGUCUUCACGCUCUGCGUCGACAAUGUCGGCAACUCCCCGCCGGACCUGUACUCCGAGUCGGACUCCUUCCUUGUCUCCAAGGGCCAGUACGUCCACGUAGGCGGCGCCAUGACCUUGGACGGCGCCCGCCGCCUCUCGCAGUCCCUCCUCCUCCCCAAGUUCCUCGGCGGCGGCAAGCGCAAGUUCCACACCUUCAUUGUAAAGAACGACCACGACGACCUCCAAAAGAUUUCCGACUGGAUCGCCGAGGGCAAGCUCAAGACCGUCAUCGACUCGACAUACGAGUUUGAGGACGUGCCCAAGGCCUACGAGAAGCUCAAGGGUCACCAUGGCAAAAACUUCGGAAAGAUCAUCAUCCAUGUCCACCCCAGCCCCAAGAAGUAACAAAUAACCCUCAAUAAGGUCCUCAACCACUUUUUACCUCUUCACGUUUUCUCCUACCAGUUCUCCACGGCCACGACCCGACCUUAUUCGACAGACGAUAGACGACAUGACGGCCACGCCACCCCACGCGAUGGGAAAAGGAUGAAGGGAAACGGAUUACAUCUUCCCUAUCUACCGGGGCAAGAUUGGAGCAUUGAAGGAGUACUUCGGUGGAACCGAAGGGCAUGAAACGACGGCUUGAAUGAUUAACACGAAAGACAGAAUGGGAUUUUGGGGUGUCACGGUGGGCGAUAUUCAAUGGAUGCAGCGGCGCGGCGAUGGCGAUAGGCAUGGAGGCCCUCUGGAUUAUGUUUCUAAUAUUCCCCCGACCUCGUCGCCGUUUCUCGGCUCGGGGCUUGGGGGGGUUUUUUUUUUUCUUUCUUCUUUUUCCUGUUCACUCCCG